GAGCACACCCAUAUUGCUGAAAUCAAAUAUGAACUUUUUGUUUUUCUUUUUCCUCCUGGGAGCUUGUAUCGUAACGCUAUCGAAUGCUGAAAUCAGUGAAACGUGUUGCAAGAGAUGCCAUCCAAACAGCCAUUGGUUGGGCGGCAGGCGUCGCAGCGAGGCGGAUUGCAAAAAAGAGUGCCAAGAGAUGUUCGAUGACUUAGAACAUGCAUGCGAAAAUUUUGGAUGGUAAAACAACGAGCAGUCUUUUUCUCAAUGCCUGUUUCUUCUUGUGAU